GAAAUAAAUUUUUUGGUAAAAUUACAAUGAAUUGAACUUUGUGUCAAAGAAAGGCUCUCGAUUUAUUAAAAAAAAUAAGCUCAGUAUUUAAAAAGCAUUCGGGUACGCCAAAAAAAGUAAAAUUAGUACAUAGUUUUCACGAUGAAUUCUCGCCGGGAUUUGCAGCCGAUCGAUUUGACCGUAGAGCCGUCAAGCUCGUGCACAUCUUCGAUUAACAACGCCCAGCCAGUGGCCACGUCCACCCCAUCUAGGGUAAGCCGCAACAAUUCAGAAACUUCAGCGACUAUGAAAGUUAAUCCGGAGACGAAGCUGAUGCGGGUGGCGCAGCCGUUGAUGUUGCAGGAGCCGGAACCACAACCGAGGUCAUCGAAAACUCCGAAUGCCGGGUGCAGAAUUCCACGGACAUACGCCCAGAUCCGAGGACGAGGACCCAUUCGAGCCCCCCAAUCUUCUGUGAAAGCUGCGAAGACUCCCAGAAAGCCAGCUACCCCGAAAACAACUAGAACUCCCUCGAAGGUACCAUAUUCCCCCAGGGUGGCUAAGCCACAGCCAAGAGGCAUUGUGGAAGACACUGUGAUGGAGGACGCUCCCAUUAGUAUUCAGGUGGGUCGCAAACGGCGGGCUUCCCCUUUACCCAGCCCACCUCAAAAAGUCGUCAAACGAUUAAACGGCAGUGGCAGAUCACCGCCCCGACGACCUCGCCUGGAGGCAUUCAGCAUCAAUAUGAGGUCACCCUUCACCAUGAUGCGCAAUCAGGAAAUGCGUCGCCUGAUUAUUGACGACAGCGAUGAGGACAAUAAAAAAGUAGUUCGACAAAAUUUACGCCAGAGAAAUGCUCCGAAGCUAGAAGUAGCCAAGUUACAGGAGCCGCUGGACAAACAGCCCAAGGUGGAGACUAACAUGAUUUCCAUUAUGAAAGUGGAACCGGGCAGAACAUACUGCGAUGCCGGAACCAAUACCACAACAGCCGAUUUUCCAAAAACUAAAGCGGAACCCCAGUGGGGUUGUAAACUCAUGUAAAUUUUAGCACAAUUGUAUUCCCAAAAACCUAUAUUUUUCGGCAAACUGAGAUUCGUUUUUUCGCUGUAAAUUUUCUAAGUUUAUAUAAACUUAUUAAAAUUUAUUGCACUCAGGG